CCCCCAGUGCCGUGCCCGCGUCGUGACGAUGCCCCCGGCCGCCGUGGACGCGCCCAGGGCCCGCGGACGCAGUGACACCAGCGAACCCCUCGUCGCCGUGCUCAGCGUCCUCGACGUCCUCGACGUCCUCGGCAUGGAGGUCACGUUCCCCGUGUGAGGGCCUCGGCAUCCAUCAGCUGCACCUCGGCCUGCCGCACCAGGAGCACCCGAGAAUGCUAGGCGCCUAGAAGCGCCCGUCUUCCUGACCGACCGAUCCACCGCGCCGCCACCAUGCCUGGAUUCGGGGCCUUCGCCGGCCUCAAGGAGAAGGCCAUGACGGCCCUGGCCAGCACCACCGGUGCGGGCGGCACGCGCCAGCAGGGCUACGAGGAGCUGGAGCUGCCCCAGAAGGGGGGCCUGGGCGGCGGCGAGUGGGCCGAGACGUCCCUGCAGGAGAAGAGCUUCGGCGGCGGCACCCCCGAGUCGCUGCCCGAGAUCGAGCGGCCCAAGCUGCGGCACAUCGACAAGUACGUCCGCGCCGAGUUCCCCUGCCUCUCCAAGCGCUACACCGUGGCCGUGCUCACCUGCGUCGGUUUCAUGAUUUCGUUCGGGAUGAGGUGCAACAUGGCGAUGGCCAAGCUCCAGUUUGCCAAGGUGUUCGCGAACGACUCGGCGGAGCCUAUGGACCACGGCCUGGGCGUGCUCAACAACGCCACGCCCAGCGCGCACCUACCCACGGGACAUCACUCGCGUUUAGCUGAACUGGACCUCCCGCACCGGCAGUGGUCCGUGGCCACAGAGAGCAUGGUGGACUCGUCCUUCUUCUGGGGCUACCUGGUCACGCAGGUGCCGGGCGGCUUCCUGGCGUCCAAGUACCCCGCCACCAGGAUCUUCGGGCUGGCCAUCGUCACGUCCUCUGUGCUCAACCUCCUGGUGCCCGGCGCCACCGAGAUCCACCCCAGCGCCGUCAUCCUGGUGCGAAUCUGCCAGGGUCUCGUCGAGGGCUUCACCUACCCGGCGUGCCACGGCAUCUGGCGCUACUGGGCGCCGCCGCUGGAGCGCUCGCGCCUCGCCACGCUGGCCUUCUGCGGCUCGUACGCGGGCAUCGUCAUCGGCAUGCCCCUGUGCGGGCUGCUCACCAGCGUCAUCUCCUGGCGGGCCUCCUUCUACACUUACGGCUUCCUCGGCAUGAUCUGGUUCGCCACCUGGAUGUGGAUGGCGUUCGAGCGGCCGUCCAAGCACCCGUUCAUCUCGCUGACGGAGCUCAAGUACAUCGAGGAGUCGCUGGGCAAGCAGACGCAGGUGGCCAUGCCGACGAUCGCCACGACGCCGUGGAGCUCGUUCCUCACGUCCAUGCCCGUGUACGCCAUCAUCGUGGCCAACUUCUGCCGCUCCUGGAACUUCUACAUGCUGGUGCUGUUCCAGGCGUCCUUCCUCAUGGAGCGUUUCCACCUCGAGAUCGCGGAGACGGGCUUCCUGGGCUCACUGCCGCACUUGGUCAUGACCAUCAUCGUGCCCUCCGGCGGCCACCUGGCGGACACACUGCGGAAGCGCAAGAUCCUGUCCACCACCAUGGUGCGCAAGCUGUUCAACUGCGGCGGCUUCGGCAUGGAGGCCCUGUUCUUCCUCGUGGUGGCCUACACCACCACGGCCAAGGGAGCCACCUGGGCGCUCACCUUCGGCGUGGCCUUCAGCGGCUUCGCCAUCUCUGGCUUCAACGUGAACCACCUGGACAUCGCGCCACGCUACGCGUCCAUCCUCAUGGGCAUGUCCAACGGCAUCGGCACCAUCGCCGGCCUGCUGGUCCCCAUCGUCAUCGACAACAUCACCAGCGACAGGAAACCGGAGAGCUGGACCCCGGUGUUCAUCUCGGCGGCCUGCGUGCACUUCUUCGGCGUCAUCUUCUACGGCCUGUUCGCCAGCGGGGAGCUGCAGUCAUGGGCCGAGCCGCCCCCGGAGGAAGGCAUGGCCGCCGGCGGCAAGCCCUGGGACCCCAUGGAGGGCGCGGCGCCGCCCCCGCGGCCCGCCCUGCCGCCGCCCAGCUACUCGCAGGCGAUGGCGCCAGCGGACUCCUCGCAGCCCCUGUCGCAGUCCACCAACCCGUUCGCGUACGGCGCCGUGAACCAGGCCGCGGUCACGAACCCGUUCAACGCAGCCUGGGACGCCGCGCCCGAGGAGGGCUACACGAACAUGGUGGGCGCCCCGCAGGGCGUGCAGCCGCAGCCCACCGACUCCUACAUGCACGGCUCUGUCCAGGACAGGGCGUACUGAACGCACUCGUCUCCUCAUUGUCGCUGGGGGACGUCGCCGUCCUCCCCCGGCGGCCCGCACUGGCCUCAGGGCCCUUACGGCCAGCUCGGGGGUCGUGGCACCUCUCCCCCAGGACCCGCUGCGGUAUCAGAUUAGUAAGGUCGCUGUAAACCGUGAUAUCGGUAGGAAAAAAAGUAGCUAUCUGUUGUAAAAUUUGAGUAAUUACUGUCUUUGCUAGUCGUUUCCCGGAUAUGAUAAUACUAGAUAAUAUUUGUCGAAUUGAUGAAGAGUAUGGCGUUUAUUUUUGUUGCUUUUUUCGGCAGAGAUCUGCACCGUUCGAACGCAAAAAAAUAUCAGUAGUCGUGGUAUAAUUAUACACUGUAAAACGUAUCUUAACUGAAAUAACUUUUCCGAGUAUAUGAAUACUAUUCUUGACUUCAAUUCUGACGUAAACCUAGUUUUUUGAAAUUUGUUGGAAGUUAUUUUUGUGUCAGAGUGCGUAGUUUGGUCGGACUGGUCGCGGAAUUAGGAUGUCUUUACGACUCCUAGAUGCAAUUGGCUCCUCGCCCUGUUCGGAGGCCUGGCAAGGCUGUGGCAAGGCUUGCCCUGCCAACGACUCCUUGUUGACAGGCGCGGUGACCAGGGCUUGCAAUCCGGUGUGCGGUCAUCCGGAUAUCCGGAUCGUUCUUGUUAAAUCACGUGGGUUAGGAGAAAAGUGUUCUAUAUGCUUAAAGAAACUUUAAGAGUGAUUAUUAAGUGUUUAUAAAUCUAGAUUUCUUGUUAAGACGCGCGGGCGCGCUCCUGCUCGUCUUCAAUAUUGUUCUUCUAUGACAAUACGUCAAUUUGUUGUAUGUAUGGGUGGGUUUUCCAGUAGUGUUUUCCGUUUUUGACCAGAGAAGAAUUCGUUUCCUCUGAACUUUCUCGUUUAUGUGUCUCUUCUCUUCCAUGGAACUAUGAAUUUCGCUACAAGUCAAUUCCGUGACCCUUCAAACGCGUCAGCCCGGCACGGUCUCCCGGUAAGGAAUACAAUUACGAGGUUGCUGGUUCGAUACCCCACGGAAGCGAUUUUUCUAACCGGGUGGCUUGUGCUGCUACGCGUUCAACACUUCCUGUUUGACCCAAUGACUUUGUCUAGACGUAGUAGGUUAUUUAUGGCUAAAUAUUUUUAUUUUGUUAUCGUGUGAAAUGGCUUUAUCAAAGCCUUUCUAAUGUUCGGAUCCUGCCUGGCUAGGCGCAGGACCGGCUGGAAAUGGUGAGGGCGUCUUAUGUUGAAAGCAAUUUUUGAUGGAGACACACCAGUCUCCAUUUGGCUGUGGUGACAAUAACUAAUUUUAGGCUUUAGCUUGUAAGGAAAUAAUGCGUGAAAGAGCGAGAAUGUGUGAAACGCUUGCGGGGGGAGUGUGACUUGCGAGAGUCCCUUCGAACUUGCCACUGGCGCGGGCACUGCAAGCCUUUCAGGCAGUCCCUGCUCGCUGCCGUGGCAUUGGCCCGCAGCGUUAUUAGUGCUAUUUUCGGCGUAUGAAAGUCAAGAGUAGUUCUAGCGUAGUGCGGUGUAACCAGGAGAGAAGUCCCUACGUGUGAGUGCCUUUCUGGUUUCUCCAGUAUCUCAAUAUUUUAAAAUUAAGGAUUGGUUGAGGGAGUGAGCGCGGGAGUGUGGGCUUUAGCCGUACGUCGCGAACACAAUUUUUUUGUGCAUUCAGUAGCCUUGCACAUUUUUGUAAGGAACGCGCCAUGUUCCAUUGAGUUUUGGUAUUUAGCGAAAAAUGGCAAUUUUUACGGACUUUUGUUCUCUUGGCCAUUCCGCCGCAUCUUUAAACACUCGCUCUAUCAGCACGCUUGUGAUUUUUUGCACAAAAUGUGACUCGUCCAAUUGCACGCACUUUGCACGCAUAGCACCCCACCAGCACGCAAGCACGCAUGGCACGCACGCACCUCGCACGCACUUCGCACGCACACACACAAACACACACGCGCGUGACUAAAACCAAGUAGCAUCGAGCACCAAUUCGCACAAAUCGUUUUGCACUUUGCACCACGUAGUUCGUUAAUUAUUUCGCACAUUUGCACCAGCACUUUUUGAAGGUAGGUUUUUCAGAGUAUUUUUUGUGCUAGGCACUGCACUUUAUGCACGCUACGAGCAGUCGGAAUCACUUUUUUAAUAGAGCUAGCUAUUUUUGUCAACACAUUUUCUCGUAGUUUCUACGACGUUUUCGGUAGUUUUUCUUUCGUUUACACCAUAUCCACCAUUAUCCACCCCUCACUCCCUAUCCCAAUCCAUUCUUUGAAUUAAAUCGCUCGCACUUGGAGGUCGGACUCUCCGGCAAGUCUCAAAUGUGAGCAUUUAAAUGGAAUUUGCGAGAAAGCAGAAGGUUCUCAUGAUAAAUUUUUGAAGUUGUAUAAUAUAUUUGCUUUUCCAGAGAUGUUUUCUCCGUUACUGUAUGUGUAAAUCAUAACCAUUCCAUUGUUUGAACGUUAGUUGGUAGGCAAUUUGAGGAGGGUCCGAACUGCGACGUGAUAGAGGAAGGAAUGCUUGGGACAGAUAGGAAAUCCAGAGAUGCUGAGAGAUGCAUUGAUGGGAUUUCUUACUGCUCGUUGUAAUCAUUUGUAUUCGUACCUUCGGCGUUGUUCGAAAUGAAGACAUGAAACUUAACAGAAUCAAUUUUGAAUGUGUUAUAAAAGUAGAUGUCUUUUUUUUUGUCUUUUGUGUUUUUUUUGCGAUUGGUGGUUUUCAGGUUGGUGCCUCCUAGUUUUUCUGAAAGUGCGUCUUAUUUCAUCAACUCUCUGACAAAACAUAGCUUCAGAAAGUUUUCUUGUAACUCUGUAUAUCAAAGCAUCUUGUCGAUUCGCCAUUUUGACUGGCCAAGUUGUAUUUAUAGUUUGAUAGUUUAUUUGUUCUAGUCCAGAAAGUCGCCCGUUAGAAUAUGUUUCGCGACUUUUGAUUGAGUAUGACACCAUCUGCCAAGGCUGACAAGGUGGACUUAUUGUUCAAUUGUUGAAGAAAAUGGGCUCGUUUUCGUAACUUAACCAGGUGUGGUUAAUGUAAGAGCCGGAGCUGUUUUAAGUUUUUGUUAUUUUUUUCCAGAUAUUUAAAGCAUUGUUUUAAAAUAUGAAAGUGGUUUGCGAUGUAGCUGUUACUUUUCUUCUCUAAAAAAAUGGUUGCAUAUUAAUAUUUUUUGUUGCACAUCACUGCUCCUUUUAAUGUGUAUUAAAUCUUAUAUAAUUCUGGAUCUAAACGAUAUAUAUAUCUUUAAACUGCCACGUUGCGAAAUAGCCAUACAUGGUGGGUGCCAAGAGAGCAAUAAUGUUUUAAUUGUAAUAUUGUAUCACUGGUUCACUGUAAACGGCCAUGACGCCCAGUAAGCGGCUACAUGCAGCACUGCGGUGGGGCCCGCCUCGGGGCCCGCCUCGGGGCCCGCGGCCAUCUCCGGUUCUAUGUGUAAAAUGUUAUUAAUCCAGCGACUUAAUCCUCAAUAAAGGUUAAUAUUCUUUCCGGUUGAUUCCAA